UGAAGCUGAAUGUUGGUGAACUUGUCGCGGUGCGAUGAUAAGCAGGAGGAAUCACACACAUACAGUGCAAUUUAUGUCAUAAUUAUACAGUUUAAAUACUGACUGCUGAAGUAUGAAAGUACCACGGUAUCACCAUGCUCUGCUAUCAUGAGGCCCUCCAGUGUCCUGUGUGUCAUCUCCAGUGUGCUGAAGUGAAGGAUGAGCCGUUUGCUGAAUGUGUUGAGGAGUUGGCUGCUCAUGGUGUCUGUGAUCGCGGUGGGAAACACAGUGCAGAGCUUCAGAGAUCACAGCUUCCUGUCCCAAAAACUCUACACCGGCACACCGGAUUAUGUAAACGGUCUUCAGGCGAGAACCUUUGGUAUAUGGACCCUCCUGUCCUCCAUCAUCCGCUGCGCUUGUGCCAUAGACAUUCAGAACCGAACGCUGUAUCAUGUGACGCUGUGGACGUUCGUUCUGGCUCUUGGCCACUUCUUGUCGGAAGCGUUGAUCUAUAAAACCGCUCCGUUGACCAUCGGGGUCAUGGCACCGCUGAUCGUAGCAAGCGUCUCUAUUGUGGGCAUGUUGAUCGGCUUCCAGUGUAUCGUUGAGCCGCAGGAAGUGAUGGGAUCUCGUCAGAAGAAGAGGAACUGAGUGAUGUUCCCUCAUCAUCACUGCUGACACCUGACGCGGGACGGGACGUGUGGUCCGACGGGACGUGUGGUUCAGUCUGUGCCGCUCCUGCCGCCACAUAUAAGGCCCAAACGACCUUUUACAGCAUUAAAAUCAGUGUAAUCAUUUCAUAUGGUUGUUUAAAGCUUAAUUAUCUGAACCGGUACAUUCGAGUCAUUUUUAAGCUCUUAUAUUUGUAACAUAGUGCCGUUAUGAAAAUGGUGAAAUGAACUUUUAUACAGGUGAAACUUUGAAUAUCGUGCAAAAGUAUGUCAGUAAUUCAAAUUAAAAGGUGGAACUAAUAUAUUUAGUAUUUAUAUGCAUAUGCAUGAUGAUAAUACUUUCAGAAGGCCGACAUUUCUGUAUUUAAAAUCCUUUUUUUAUAUCGAUUUCAUGUAAUAUUCAAAUUUUCUGAGAUUUUCAUAAGCCAUAAUCCUCAAAAUUGGAAAUAUUUGGAGUUUCACCUGUAUUUGAGCUUUUUCUGUGUCUAGAUCUCAGCUACUGAAAGGUAAAGGGCUUCAGCCUCAGAUGUGCAUGAAUGUUUAUUACUGUUAGUGUUUCCCCCAGAAAGCUUUACAUGACUCCACAUACAAGACAUGCUCACAUCUGCAUUAUCACACUUUAUUAUUGACUGUGAGAUUCAAUUUACUACAAUUGUAUCUGUAAUAUGUUCAAAACGUUGUGUAAAAUACACAUGAACUACAUCUGCAUACAUUCAUAUCAACAACACACACAGAUACACGUCUACACACUGACAUCAGUUCUGCGACCGUCAUCUGAUCAAAAUCACAGAAAACCGCAGUGUAAAAAUUCAUUUUUUUUUAGCUUCAGUGUUUCUGUUGAAUUUGGCUUGUUUGGUGGAUAUUUGCACCCGUGUGAAACAAAUAAAUGUAAAUGACCUUGAGUAAC